AUGGCACUCGACAGCGGGAGGCCUUCGCUGGACAGAGAACCCGACGUCGACCCGACCAAGGGAACCCGACCAAGAGAACCGAACCCCGACCAAGGGAACCGUCCAAAGGACCAAGAGAACCCCGACCAAGGGAACCCGACCAAGAGAACCCGACAAGGGAACCCGACCAAGGAAUCCGACAGAGAGAACCCGACCAAGGGAACCCAACCAAGGAAACCCGACCGAGGGAACCCGACCACCCGACCAAGGGCCUAA